AUGGACACGCUCAUCACAGCUGACGGGAGCCUGGCUGAGUCAACUCCUCUGAAGGACAGGAUGGCUCUGUACCAAGCGGCUGUCUCCAAGGAGGCUACCCCCCCUUCGGGGGAGCAGAAGGAGAAUGUGCCCCCAUUUCAUCUGGAAACGAGCCCAGAGUCUGACGUCUCAGUGAGCAGGAAGAUCUUUUCUCCAGAGAAAAAUGGAGCUGCUGUCCAUCACAAAGACUCUCCACUGGCCCGCACUCCCAGGAGUUUCUGCGCCCCUGUGUCCCGGGAGGUGUGCGUCUCCUGUCAGAAGACUGUGUAUCCUCUGGAGAGACUGGUGGCCAAUCAGAGCGUGUACCACAGCUCCUGCUUCCGCUGCGCACACUGCAACAGCAAGCUCAGUCUGGGGAACUACGCCUCGCUGCACAAUAACGUGUACUGCAAGCCUCACUUCUGCCAGCUCUUCAAGGCCAAGGGGAACUACGACGAGGGCUUCGGACACCGGCCCCACAAGGAGCUGUGGGGCCCCAAAGCGGAUGGAGAGAGCCCAGAGCCCAGCCCUCCCUCCAGGCUCCCACUGCAGGAGCAAGGGGGGGUCCAGGGGGGGGGCGAGGCCGAUCUCAGCCCAUGUGUGGAGGACUCUCCUCUGGCCAAAGUCACUGCCCUGACCGCCACCAUGGAGGCGUUGGGCCAAGGGGCGUCUCCAGAUAGGACCCCUGACAAAAGCAGCGAUAAACCUGGUGAAACACGCAGGCUGAAAAUCUCCUGGCCUCCACGCACCCAGCCAGACCAGGGCACCACACCUCGAGAGGAAAGUCCAGACCAGGAGAACUGCAAGGGCAUCACCAAAGCACCAUGGCCCCCACAGGAAGAGGAAGAGGAGAUAGAGGAAGAGGAGGAGAGGGUGAGCCAGGCGGAUGUGGAGCCGGAAGAACAAGCCACCAGUCCAGAGUCGAUGGAGGAGGACAAGUCCAGCUCCAGUGUGAUUGAGGAUCAGGUGGAGGAGCAAAUGGACGAACAGAGAGCCAGUCCAGAGUCCUCUCCCAGUCAUACCCCCACAGAGGACAGCUGUGUGGAUGUCCAAAGCAGCUCUGGAGAAGAGGAAGCUGCUCUGGGCCAGCCUCAGAGUCAUGAAGAAGAUCAACCAGAGAUGGGGGAACCAGAGGAGGAGACUGUGGAGGAGGUCACACCAUGCACGCUGAGCUCCUCUGAUGGGGAGGUGGAGGCCAGCCGCUCCUCGCAGGUAAAGAGAAGACCUUGUUGUCAGAUGUGGCCAUGA